AUGACAGAGCAACUCUCACUUUCGCAACAGAGUGCACUGAAAAGAGGCAACCUUGAAAGCCUACCUGAAUUGUUAUUAUGUCCUCCUCAUGAGAUCAGCCGUCGAUGCAAACUAACUCCACACGAAACGAACACCAUUAUCGACACAGUCUCUAAGACUCGCCAUCCAAAGCUUGUUUCUAUCGUGAACUGGCAAGAUCGGCCCGACUACUGCUGUACCACUGGCGACACUGAACUAGAUAUGGCAUUAGCUGGUGGCUUUCGCCCAGGCAUGGUCUGGGAGUUAUUCGGAGAAGCAGGUGUUGGAAAAACUCAGUUAGCCCUUCAACAAGCCCUGUUCGUUCAACUUCCUGUUGCGCAAGGCGGACUCUCUGCAUCCGCCUGUUAUAUCACAACGCAUGCAACGUUGAAUACCGAAAGGCUCAUGCAGUUGAUGACAACUAACCCUCUCUUGUCGCCAGAAGCAUGCAGUCUCGACGACAUUCAGACAAUCACCGCUCCUACUGUACCCAUCCUCAUCUCUAUCCUCUCCAAAAUUCUACCAGACCUCAUUUCUCAUCGCGCCAAAACCGGGAACUCUAAGCAAGUCAAACUAGUAGUAAUUGACGCUCUUGCUGACUUGUUCCUGGGUCUGGAUAAAACCUCGACAGAAACACUGGUCGAACGUUCGCAAAGCCUUGUGGAGAUUUCCACACUGCUGCAUUCGCUAGCCAGUGUCUAUAACAUGCUCAUUCUCGUUGUCAACCAUACGACAGACAUUUUUCAUCUGAGUCAACAUGCUGGCGAAGAGCUCGAAUACAAACAACAAGCUCGAUGGUUUGGCGGCGCAACGACGAUCGCUGGAGUGAAUUCCAAAGAAGCUAGUUUGGGUCUUGUAUGGGCCAACCAAAUCAACGCGCGCAUUAUGAUGACGCGCACGGGACGGAGGCUUGUUCUUCACUCUGGUUCCAACAAACGACAGAAAGUGGGGGACCUUGGCCAAGUCCCUACACCUGCGCUGGCCUCAGAACCUUCCGAAGCCGUGAUUCGGCGAUUCACCAUCAUUUUCAGCUCUGUUGGUCCUCCUUGUUCAGUUGAUUAUAUCAUCACAACGAGCGGUAUAAACACUCUCACUGAUACCUUGUCUAAAGCCUCUGUCGAAUCUGGCCAAGUAACGGUUCCAUCAUCAUCAUCGGCCAUUGAUUCGACUGAACCUUUCGAUGAAUGGGAGCAAUAUUUUGACGACAUUCCCAUUGAAGCCUAUGAUUUGGCUUUGUCCUUGCACCAAGAGCAACCCGAAAUUUUGAUUUGA